AUGGCCGAUACGCGCAACAACACUGGGCGGUGGCUCAUUACGGAAGAAGUGUAUGUGGACCUGGCGAUCACGUGCUUUUUUGACGGGAUCCUGGACGACUGCGACAACGGCGUGACGCUGCGGCAGUACAUUUCCCGCCGGUUGCACUGCGAUGACAUGCGCGUGACCAAGAAGCUUCGCCGCAACAAGGUGCUCGCCGGUCGACGGGUGAUUGAAACCAACUACAACCGUCGCCACUUUGUGCGCAAGCGUAAGCACGUCACUCAAGCCGACUUGGAGGCGGUCACGAGCAUGAAGCUGGCCUACCUAGCGUUCGAAGCGGCGUUCCGCGAACAAAAAAAGCCGUGGCGGGGCUACGUCUUGCCGACAUCGACCUACUUGUCCCAUGCAGCGAGUCGGGUGGCCAUCCCGGCGCUGCUGAACGGCCUGACCAUCGUGCCCCGACGACCGAGCUUGAGAUACUCCAUCGACACUUCACCCCACUAG